UCCUGCGAGGGGGUUAAAACGUUUUCAAAACCCUUGCUCCCAAACCCUUUUUCCCUCUCUGAAGCCGUCCUCUGUUCUUACACUUUCAUCGAAUGCAAACCCUAAUUCUUCUCUCUUUCUCGUCUUCUGCUGUGUUUGGCUUUGAUUUAUAGCCCCUGCUGUGGUAAUCACUGUCCUCUUCCUUUUCGCUUUCGCUUCUCCACUCCUUGGAAAUGGUAUCUGGCUUGAGAAUCGACGGUGCCACUCAGAUACUCCCUGCUCGCGUCCGCAAAACCAUCCAAUCCAUUAAAGAGAUCGUGGGCAAUCACUCCGAUGCCGAUAUAUACACAACUCUCAAGGAAACUAAUAUGGAUCCCAACGAAACCGCGCAGAAGUUGCUCAACCAAGAUCCAUUCCGUGAAGUGAAGAGAAGAAGAGAUAAGAAGAAGGAGAAUAUGGGAUACAAAGGUUCAUUGGAUACACAAAGACAUUCUGAGGAUGUGAGGCAAGGGACAAAGGUAUAUACAUUGUCUGAUCGUAAUGUCCGGAGAGGGGCCUAUGCAAAAAGUUCUUGGCCUGGUAUCAGCAAAGAGUUCCGCAUUGUAAGAGACAACAGAGUUAAUCGAAAUACAAAUAGGGAAGUAAAACCUGCAUCUCCACAUUUGGCAAUAUCCACCAACGAGGUGUCUACAAAUGUGUCAAAAUCAGGUAUCAGCCCGACAGGAGCCCAGGGGCCCUCUGGUGGUAGGAUAUCACAAUUGUCUUUCCGGAAAAAUGAUUCUCAUCCCAACAGUGAACGAGAUGGUUAUUUAACUGAAAUAGCCAAGAAAGAGUUAAGGGAGGACGUGGGGGUUUCCAUUUUGAAUUCUGUUUCAGAUACGCUGAAGCCAAAUGAUUCUGAGGAACAUUCAGCAGUGUUGGCAUCAAAUGGCACUGCUGUUGGUUUGUAUUCUUCUUCCACAGAUCCAGUUCAUGUACCAUCUCCAGAUUCUAGAUCAUCUGCCGCAGUUGGAGCCAUAAAACGUGAAGUUGGGGCAGUAGGUGUUCGUCGGCAAUUAAAAGAAAGUUCUACAAAUCAGUCUUCUGGACCAAGUGUUUCUCUUACAAAUUCUGUUGCGGGAAGGGAUGGUUCUUCUACAGACUCAUUUCGACCACUAAGUUCCAUUUCUAAGGGCGAACACCUUAGUCAAAUUACUGAACCUGUGAUUCCUGGCCUGGUAAGCAGUAGAUCAACGUUAAACAAUCAGCAUAGUAGCAGGCAACAUCAACCAACUAUGGGUCAUCAGAAAGCUUCUCAGCCUAACAAGGAGUGGAAACCUAAAUCAAGCCAGAAGUCUAGCAGUACCACAAGUAAUCCUGGAGUAAUAGGAACACCCUCAAAAUCUAAAUCUACUGAUGAUGAGUUCAAAGAGUUGCCUGCUGAAGCAGCUAAUGUACAAGACAAGCUUGCAAGAGUAGACAUUCAUGAGAACCAGAGUGUUAUCAUAGCAGAGCAUAUUAGAGUUCCCGAUACUGAUCAAUACCGGCUGGUCUUUGGCAGUUUCGGGGCAGAAGCUGAUUCUUCUGGAUGUCUGCCGUCAGGAUUUCAGCCCAUUAGAGGUCCAGAGGAAUUGAAUGUAGAAUCAUCAGCAAGUCAGUUAGCAUCUGCUCCGGAGAUAUCUACUGAUGAUGCUUCCGGCAGCAGGCAGGUGGAUUUACUGGAUGACCAGGUCCAAAGUUCAGAAUCUAAUUCUCCAGAUUCUGGUACAGCAACUGAACUUCCGUCAGCAGAUAAAAGAGAACCUUCUAGUCCUCAGACAUUGGAUACUUAUGCAGAGAUUGGACUGGUUCGAGAUAGGAGUCCAAAAUAUGCUCCUUCGCAGAAUCAAGAUCCUACUGAGUUACCAGGAUUUUCACAGGCGUAUGAUCCACAGACUGGUUAUGAUAUACCUUAUUUCAGACCGACAGUGGAUGAAACUGUACGGGUGCAAGGCCUACCAUCUCAAGAUGCGGUGAAUUCUCAUACUGGUAACGGCAUUUCAGCGUCAACAAUUCCAAUGGUGCAACAGCAGCAAACGCCAGUUGCCCAGAUGUAUCCACAAGUUCAUGUUUCCCAUUUUGGGAACCUGAUGCCAUAUCGACAAUUCCUAUCACCCUUUUAUGUUCCACCAAUGGCCAUGCCUGGUUAUUCUAGUAGCCCAGCAUAUCCUCAUCCGUCCAAUGGUAACAGUUACUUACUGAUGCCUGGUGGUAGUACUCACAUGAAUGCCAAUAACCUGAAGUAUGGGAUCCAGCAGUUCAAGCCUGUCCCUGCUGCCAGUCCCGCAGGGUUUGGAAACUUCAACAAUCCUGCUGGGUUUGCUAUGAAUGCUCCUGGUGUAGUUGGGAGUGCAACCGGACUGGAAGAUUCAUCUCGAAUGAAGUACAAGGAUGGCAACCUUUAUGUUCCAAAUGCUCAGGCCGAGACAUCUGAAAUUUGGAUUCAAAACCCAAGAGAUCUUCCAGGUUUGCAAUCGACUCCAUAUUACAACAUGCCAGGGCAAACACCUCAUGGUGCUUAUUUGCCUUCUCAUACUGGUCACGCUUCCUUCAGCGCAGCCGUGGCGCAACAGUCUACACACAUGCAAUUCCCUGGAUUGUACCAUCCACCUCCACAGCCUGCUGCUAUUGGAAAUCCUCAUCACAUGGGGCCUGGUAUGGGUGGGAAUGUUGGAGUUGGAGUGGCCGCUGCCACUCCUGGGCCACAAGUUGGUACUUUCCAGCAGCCUCAGUUGGGUCAUCUUAAUUGGACAACUAAUUUCUAGACAAAUGGGAAGGAAAAAAAACUGUGAAUCUAACCCCCUUUAUUAUACCAAGGGACUGAAGUAGCCAUAAAUGUUCUAUAUUUUGUCAAAUGUGUAAUCGAUAACCUUCUCAUAUUCAAUGUAGUAUGCGGUUUUUCCAUU